AUGCUCAUGCCGGUCCUUUCGACUUUAUUACUGCUUGAUGUCAGUGUAUCCGCCACAUCUAAUUCGAGUAUAAUCCAGCAUGAAGAUCCAAUUGUGUUCGUGCGUCAUUUGCCUAAUUCACUGCCUUCGGCAAAUAGUAGCUCGACCGCUGCUGAUGUAGAGUCGGAGAGCUACGAUGAUAGUAAGCAAGACAACACUGACAAUGAUGAAACCGAUGGGAAAGUAAGGAUGUUUUCUUUCUUUGGAAAGAAGGCUCCAUUGCCUUUAUCUACCCCAUUGCUAUCCAAAGAUGUGAACAUCAAACCUCAGUCGAUCCCUAUAGCGAAUGCGAACAUCAAACCUAAGUCGAGCGCUAUAGCAGAUGCGAUCGACCUGCUGAGCUCAAAGGACUGGGAUCCAGUUCAACAUAAAGAUCUAAUGAAUGACCUAAUGGAGAAUGUUCGGUGA